AGCUUUUAAUACGUGAUGUUGAUCAACUCAAAAGUAAAAGUAUUGGCUAUGAAAAAACUAUGUGGGAGAGGAUUGGAAUGGAAUUAGAGAAAGUAGAUGUCAAAAGUCUUGGAUUCGAUCAUCCAAUAUGUUCUGGAGUCCUUGAUAUCAAAUCGGAACCUUUCACAAAGAUGCCUGGGUCAUUUUGCGAUAUUUUUAAGGAACCUUUCGAGAAAUACAAGCUAGAUCAUAAUGAUAUAAUAAUGGAUACUUGUAGAGAAAUAAUUCAUAAUGAGGAGUCGAAGAUAAAUUUGGAUGGAGAUUUGAGGACCGCUUCGCUUUCUAGUACCAUAGAUAAACAGAAUGAUACAUAUUUUCAAAAUAAAUACAAUUCUACUAUUUUAGCACUGGAAAAUAUAGGACACAAUGCUGGGGGUUCUGAAGGUUUAAAUAUUAGCAGAGAGGAUCUGAAUGCAUUUUAUGGAAAAGAAGCUAAGAGAGACGAAAAAAUUAAAGCAGAGGUGAAUAGGCGUCUAGCCGUGUAG